CCUCCUCCUGGUACUACAGCUCCACCAGGGCCGACUCCUCCAGGUCCAGCACCUCCAGGCCCAACUCCUGCACCACCAGGCCCAAAACCCGUUCCACCAGGCCCAACUCCUGCACCACCAGGCCCAAAUCCUGUGCCACCAGGGCCAACCCCUGCACCACCAGGCCCAAAUCCUGUUCCACCAGGCCCAACACCUGCGCCACCAGGCCCAAAUCCCGUUCCACCAGGCCCAACUCCAGCACCACCAGGCCUAACUCCUGCACCACCAGGCCCAAAUCCCGUUCCACCAGGCCCAACCCCUGCACCACCAGGCCCAAAUCCCGUUCCACCAGGCCCAACCCCUGCACCACCAGGCCCAAAUCCUGCUCCACCAGGCCCAAAUCCUGCCCCACCAGGCCCAUACCCUGUUCCUCCAAGUGAUGUUCCAGCUCCACCUAAGGAGGUUUGGGACCAGUUCCACCUGGGUACUGACCAACACCACCAGGUCCGUAGCCUCCAUAGCCACCUGGGUCAGGACAGAGCUUUGUUUAAUGCCCAUAUUGUAUAUCUUUCAAGGACCAAUACGUCCUGGUCCAAAACCACCAGGAGUAACUCCUCCAGGCCCAGUUCCAUAGCCUCCAGGACCGACACCACCUGGUCCAAAACCACCUGGUCCCAGUCCUCCUCCUACGCCACCAGUUCCCUGUCCUGGUCCAAACCCUCCAGCCCCAACACCUCCAGGUACGAUUCCUCCAGGUCCAACUCCUCCUGGUCUGACACCUCCAGGUCCGACACCUCCAGGUCCGACUCCUCCAGGUACGACUCCCCCUGGUCCUACACCUCCUGGUCCAACUCCUCCUGGUCUGAUUCCUCCAGGUCCGACUCCUCCAGGUCCGACUCCUCCUGGUCCUACACCCCCUGGUCCAACACCUCCAGGUCCGAAUCCUCCAGGGCCGACACCCCCUGGUCCAACACCUCCAGGUCCGAAUCCUCCGGGGCCGACACCCCCUGGUCCAGCACCUCCAGGUCCGAAUCCUCCAGGGCCAACACCCCCUGGUCCUUGACCACCAUAGCCACCUGAGAAAACACGAGCGGCAUCCACCUCCACCAGCACCUGGUCCAAAGCCUCCUAGACCAGCUCCAGCUCCUCCACCAGGCUGAAAUCCAGUCCCAG